AUAUAAACUGCGCGUAGCAUUUGUGUAAAUCUUCCUAUACAAUGUUGUUUUGAGAUAUAUCAUUUUUAGACGGACCUGAACUUCCCGAUGGCUCAAUUGCAUUCUUGUGGUACAAUCAGUGGUUCUCUGGACAAAUUCCGUCAGCCAGAAUUUGAAGACUGCAAAAGAUCCUUUAUAGUACUUUGCAUAUUUGAUACACAUCCUCCUUACACGUUCGACUUCGCCAGUACCUGUUUUAAAGGAAAUCCGGUCGGGCAAGUUUCUACAUCAUCCUCAACUGCAGCAUCUUCGACGACGAUAGCGACGAUGUCAACUAUGCAUUCCACAGUAAGCGUAAUUAUGAACGAUACAGUACAGCCGGUCACUGAUAAUGUUACACCAGCAAAUACAGCCACAGUUGAUAAUUCUACAGAUCCGUUUGCUUCACAUCAGCUUGAAACGACACGGCAGAACGAUGGAAAACAAUAUAAUGAAGUGACGAUUGCGUUAGCAGCUGGCUUUGGUGUAAUUUGUAUUGGUUGUGUACUUGCUGUGGGCAUAUUCGUUUACAGGCGUAAAACGGCAGCAAGAAAGCAAGACGCCGUGUCAGUUCAAUAUAAGAAUGGCGUUGGUUCUACUAGCAAUGUCUGUAUAAACAACACAAAAAGAGGUCACACAAAUGCCGCUUACGUUAUAGGCUCAAUGCACACGGAAGACUUGUAUGAUGAACUGCCAGGAGAUAACGACCAUAAUGUCUAUGUAAGAGACCCACAUACGUCGCAUUUCCAGGGACAGGAUAAGGUAGCUCACAAGCCGUGUUUUCAUCACUUGUCGGCUGUUGAAGACAUACAAGUGUACGCACUGCCGAAGAAGAUGAACGGAGAUCAAGAGUGAUUACUCUGAUAACGCGUAUCUGGAGCCAAAGCGAUCGAAUCACAAUAUCGCAAUUAAUGUUGAACCAAGAUUUGAUUCUGAUGAAGAAUCAUUUGUGGACGACUUCUCCUCCGAUGAAUCCGAUUUUGAUGGACCGGCUCACUACAUGAACGAAGAGUCUAAGGAGAACGAUCCGACUAGCACAUCCGACGGCUCCGACCCCGACUGUUAUUAUAACGACACCGGUCUAUAUCAGGACAUUGCCUGUGACGCAGAGCCCGUUGUAGAACAAGCCAUACCAGUGAUAACGGACAACGAACAGUUUGAGAUAACAUUACAAGAAGAUAGCGAUGGUGAGAUUUAUGAAGAAUAUUCGUGCGCAUAAUCAAUGGUUUUAGUGUAAAGCUCAAACAUAACCUGACAUUCGCAAAAUGCGUCCAUAAAUACCUUAUGUAUAAAUGAGCCUUUAAAUUCAGCAAUGCCUUAUUUUCAUAUGUUUUCGGCAAUAUACAGUGAUCAUAAUUAAUAUGGACGCACAUACUAUAAUUGAAUUAUUAUGUUUUUGAAAACGAAUAUUACACUUGUGUUUGAAAACUCAAGUAUAGAACAUGCGUUACUUAUUAUAUGUGAUUUUCUGUGUGACAAUUAAACGGCUAUUUGUUUCGAUGAUUUUGCAAUUUUAAA